GCAUGUUCCGUGCCUGCUGGCUUGCACUGCUCUACCUGUUGUUGGGGUGACAGCGUCCUCAGUGUUAUUUUCCGGUUUUCAUCUGGUUCUUUGCUCAUUGUUGAGAUAUGCAGAUGUCAGAAACAAAGGUAUAAUGCUCUGUGCCCAUUAUACAAUCUUAAGUUGAAACCUUAAUAGCAAUGCUAUUGUUUCAGGACUGACUAACUGCUCUUCUGUUGGUUUACUUACCAGCUUUCCCAUGUUCUACUGGGUGCACCACGUGAUGUUUUCUACUGCCAGACUUGUAUAUAAUAAGAAAAGUGGUAAUGUGAUUCUCAUCUUUUUCCUUCUAGAAGAAGUGGUCCUGAGCUAAUGUCUGGACACAUCUAGGUGGUACUUCAAGAAAACUGGCAAACAGCUGCCAGGAUGUUUCUCCGGUUGCUGUCAGAUAUCCACUGGCGGGCGGCUAACCCAAAAUGGAGAAGAAUGACCUGCACCCGGCAAAGCACCUCAAAUGCAGCAGAACCUCACCAGGUUGCCUUGCCAGCCCAGGCGCAGGUUGUCAUCUGUGGUGGUGGAAUCAUGGGCACCUCCGUGGCAUACCACCUUUCCAAGAUGGGUUGGAAGGACAUAGUCUUACUUGAGCAGGGCAGGUUAGCUGCUGGUACCACUCGCUUCUGUGCUGGCAUUGUGAGCACAGCCAGACAGGCGUCGAUUGAGCUGAAGAUGGCAGACUAUUCAAACAAGCUCUACCAGCAGCUGGAACAAGAGACAGGAGUACAAACAGGGUACGUGAAGACAGGCUCCAUUUCACUGGCUCAAACUCAGGAUCGACUAAUUUCUCUGAAACGCAUUGCUUCAUCACUGAAUGUAAUGGGGAUACCUUGUGAAAUUAUAACCCCAAAGAAAGUGGCACAACUCCACCCACUGAUCAACAUCCAUGACCUUGUGGGGGCCAUGUAUGUGCCAGAGGAUGCUCUCGUGUCAUCUGCCAGUGUGAGUCUGGCUCUGGCAACAGCUGCCUCACGGAAUGGUGUCCAGAUCCAUGAAAGGACGAGCGUCAGUCAUGUCACAGUCCAGAAGGGUCGUGUGACUGCCAUUGAGACCGACAGAGGACAGAUCAAAUGCCAGUACUUUGUCAACUGUGCUGGCCAGUGGGCCUAUGAGUUGGGCCAUGCUGCAGAGGAAGCAGUCAAUAUCCCACUCCAUGCCUGUGAACACUUCUACAUCCUGACGCAUCCUUUGAAUGAGCCUCUCUCAAGCAACUUACCAACGGUCGUAGACCCAGAUGGCAGGAUCUACAUACGCAACUGGCAAGGUGGCAUCCUCUCAGGCGGCUUUGAAAAAAACCCCAAACCUCUCUUCACAGAAGGACGGAACCAGCUGGAGAUUCACAACCUCCAAGAAGACUGGGAUCAUUUUGGUACUGCUGAACUGAAAAGGCACUGCUUGCUGGCACCCACAAAUUGCCCAAGUUUCGGAAGCAACUGCAUUCUAUAUUCUAGCAUUACCUUUUUAUCAGAGCCACUUCUGGGUGCCCUUCUGCGCAGGAUGCCAGAUUUGGAGGCUCUGCAGAUAAUGCAGCUCGUGAACUGCCCAGAGUCCUUCACACCAGAUAUGCGAUGUAUCAUGGGAGAGUCACCCACUGUUCAGGGCUACUUCGUUCUGGCUGGCAUGAACUCAGCUGGUAUCUCAUAUGGUGGGGGAGCAGGCAAGUACCUGGCAGAAUGGAUGGUAAACGGGUAUCCCUCAGAAAAUGUCUGGCCUCUGGAUUUGAAACGUUUUGGUACCCUUCAGAGCAGUCGCACUUUCCUCCGUCACCGUGUGAUGGAAGUAAUGCCCCUGAUGUGUGAUCUGAAAGUUCCCCGCUGGGACUUCCAGACUGGCAGGCAGCUGCGUACCUCACCACUGUACGACCGUCUGGAUGCUCAGGGAGCGAGGUGGAUGGAGAAGCAUGGAUUUGAGAGAGUCAAAUAUUUUGUGCCACCUGGUAAUGAUCUGCUGGAUUUGGGUCAGAGCAAGACCUUUUACAAACCAGACUGGUUUGAUAUUGUGGGUUCUGAAGUUAAGUGCUGUAAGGAAGCGGUUUGUGUCAUCGACAUGUCAUCUUUUACCAAGUUUGAAAUAAGUUCCACAGGAGACGAGGCCCUGGAGAGUCUGCAAUAUCUCUUCUCCAAUGACCUGGAUGUACCAGUUGGGCAUGUUGUGCAUACAGGCAUGCUUAAUGAGAAAGGAGGUUAUGAGAAUGACUGCAGCAUAGCACGGCUGAGCAAACGCAGCUUCUUCAUGAUUUCCCCUACUGACCAACAAGUUCAUUGCUGGGCCUGGCUGAAGAACCACUUGCCUGAUGACAGCAAUCUGACCAUGGAAGACGUGACCUGGAAAUACACAGCUCUCAAUCUGAUCGGCCCCCGUGCUGUGGAUGUCUUGUCAGAGUUGUCAUAUGCCCCAAUAACUCCAGAGCACUUUCCCUCUUUCUUUUGCAAGGAGAUGAGCGUGGGCUAUGCUAAUGGCAUCCGUGUGAUGAGUAUCACUCACACAGGAGAACCUGGAUUCAUGCUUUAUAUCCCCAUAGAGUAUGCCCUUCAUGUGUACAAUGAGGUGAUGAACAUGGGACAGAAGUACGGGAUUCGCAAUGCCGGUUAUUACGCACUCCGCAGCCUGCGCAUUGAGAAGUUCUUUGCAUUCUGGGGCCAGGAUCUGGAUGCUUUUACCACUCCUAUGGAGUGUGGACGUGAGUUCCAGGUCAAGCUGGACAAGGGAAUGCAGUUUGUUGGCCAGGAAGCGCUGCUGGAACAGAAGCAGAAUGGUGUAUACAAGCGUUUUACCAUGUUCAUUCUUGAGGACCAUGACACAGAUGCAGACCUCUGGCCCUGGUGGGGGGAGCCCAUCUUCCGCAAUGGCCGCUAUGUGGGCAAGACCACCAGCAGUGCCUACAGCUACACUCUGGAGCGCCAUGUCUGCCUCGGCUUCGUGCACCACUUUGAUGAGAAGACAGGAGAAGAGCUGGUGGUGACAACUGACUUCAUCAACCAGGGCGAGUAUGAGAUCGACAUUGCUGGGCACCGCUUCCAGGCCAAAGCCAAGCUUUACCCCUUCAGCUCCUUUUUCACACACCGUCGCCGCAAGGAUGAGAUGGAACUGAGUGGCUACCAGGGGGAGUAGUCCUGACUAGACUAACCUGCUCCUUUUCCCAGGCUGGUCUUCUCCCACCAUCUUCCAGUCCUUUCUCCUCACCCAUAUAUUUCUUUCUUUUCCUUUCUUGUGUUGCAACUUUUAAACUUUUUCCAGUGUGUUAAAUUUUGUAUAUUUUAAAACUUUAAUUUUCAAGCUUUCCCAA